UAUUUAUCCCUAUGACUUGUUACUUUAUGAAAACAGUGGCAACCUCGCAAAUACACAAUCGCGAAUCCUGUGCACAAGCACACACACAUAAAAACGGUUUUAUAGGCAAACACGAACUCAUAGAAUAAUAUUGAGGGGGUAUAUGCACGAACUCUUUUCGAAUUUGACCUUCGCCCGAAAUGGACUCGUUCUGUCGUAAACUACCGAAAAUCGAACUUCACGCUCAUUUAAACGGUUCCCUAAGUCGUUCCACUCUAAAAGCGUUGGGAUGCCUCGACAAUACCAUCGGGACCUACCAAACCGUUGAAACCAACCUGGACGAUGUUUUUUCCUUGUUCCAAGUGGCCCACAAAGCGACCCGAACCAUCGAUAAUUUACUCUAUGCCACCCGAAAAGUGAUCGAAGAGUUCGCGGACGAUAACGUGAUUUAUCUGGAGCUAAGAACUACCCCCAGAAGUGAGGAGGGCAUGUCCACCGAGGAAUACAUCGAAACUGUUGUUAAAGCAGUGAGGAGUGUCGGGAGCGGUAAGAUAUUGGUGAAGUUGCUUUUGUCUUUGGACAGGAGGAGGAGUAUGGAGAAACAGGAGGAGGUGCUGGAUCUGAUUAUCGGUUAUAAGGAUAAGUAUCCGGAUUUGAUUAAGGGGGUGGAUUUGAGUGGUGAUCCGAGUAAAGGGGCGUUUUUUAAGCAAGUAUUUGAAAAAGCGCGCAAACACGGGCUUUAUACAGCUAUACAUUGCGCGGAAGUGAAAAACGACGAAGAAGUUAAGGAUAUCAUUGAGUUUAAGCCGGAUCGGUUGGGGCAUGGGACAUUUAUUCAUCCUCAGUACGGAGGUUCUUUGAAUAUUUGGGAGGUGUAUAAGCAAAAGGAAAUUCCUGUGGAGUGUUGCUUAACCUCCAACGUUAUAUGUAAAACAUCAAAGUCCUACAAACAGCACCACGUACAAGAGUGGAUCAAAGAAUCCCUGCCUUUCUGUUUGUCGACUGAUGACAAAGGAGUGUUCAACACAUCCCUAUCGAAAGAGUUCCAGGUGGUACAAGAAAAUUUCAAUUUAACCCAAGAAGAAUUAUGGAAAAUAUCCAAGAAUUCCGUGGAAUAUUCCUUUGCCAGUCCCGAAGAGAAGCAGUUUUUGAUUUUCGAACUGGAACAGUGGAGAAAUAAGAAUAUUCCGAACCGAUAAGGGUGUAUAAAUAAAAGUCCAUUAUAAUUUAGUAAAAACUGUAAUUUAAUUAAAGAAAACCAUCGGUAAUUGAAAAUUCGUAUGCACUGUUUAAAAAUUAAAGAAUACAAUAUGGUCAA